CAGCUCCAAUUGACACAGGUAAAUAUACUGGUACAAAUCAACGCAGAUAUUAAAACGGGCUCUGGUGCCAAAGAAGGGGGAAAAUAGCAGUAUGGUACAUCCGCCUCUACCACCUCAAUACUACUUUCCAGGUUCAACAGCGUAUAGACCGAGGCAGAGCAUCUGAGGUAACCAUGAUGUUGUAGGUUACAUAGCCAUGUUUCACGGCUUAGUCGGGAGCAUUGACUGGUCAGCUUAUCAUCGCGUCUCCUAUAAUACUAGAGUUCUAGGCUGGCGAAUCGUGCAGUACGCUUCCGAAUGUCGUAAGACCACGUCGGAAGACCGGGGAGUGUUACUGGAAUGUCGUCUAAUGGGUUCGUCGACAUUUUCUCGAAGUAGAUCGCAUUUGAAGGAUUCUCGGAUCCGAAGGGGGGAACUCCCGAGCCCUAUCCGCCUAAUUGGUAUCAUCAGCCCCAAGUCCCCAAGCCCCAGAGUUAGAGCCCCGUCGGACCCACUCACUCACAGGGCGUUCCCUACCAUGUUCCUCCGCGGUGGCCUCCGUCGGAGCCUGUCUUACACAACGAAGAUCAUUUCACCCGCCACCGGCGCCCCGAGCCAUCCUGUGAACGACUCAGAGCUACGGAAUAUGCGUGACACCGAGUGGCAAAGGAGAAGUAUGGGUAUGCGCGGGCCUCGAUUAGAGCUCCGAGAUCAUCCGCCUUGGCAUGUGUAGAGUGUCAAUCACGGCGGCAAGGAAGGCACAUUGAGCAGCAUUCCGAGCGUCAUGGUACAUUUUCUAGCAAGUCAAACUGCUAAGCCUUGCAGAUAUUC